CCGAGCCCACCCUUACAUUACCACGGACGGGGGUACCUAGGUAUGUCCCUACUGUACACCCGCGCCGGCAUCUCGGCUCCCAAGCGCCCGCCCGAACCGCGCGCCAACCAACCACUCAGCGCGCGGCGCCGGCUCCCACGCGACGGGCACGCGGCCUCGCUUGCUGGGAGCUGCUGCGCGGUGCCGGGGGGUGCGGCGCAGGGCCUGCCUGGGACCGGGCGCUGGGUACGUGGGUGCGUGGUAAGUAUGUACCUAACUAGGGGGGAGAUGGGCGCGCUGUUGGUGGCUGUUGUCGCUGGUAGGUCGGGCUCGCCGGAGCGUGCAUCGCUUCGAGAAGGUGCGAGUGCGUGUGGCUGUGGCUGUCUGUGAUAAGGUUCCAGCUUUGUUCAUCACACAGGAUGGCCGCUGUGUGGAGGUAGGUAGGUAGGUAGGUAGCACGGGGUGAGUGCAUUCGAUCUGACGCCGGAGGCGCAACUGGCAACUGUUCUCUCUCGCUCGCUC